GAGAGAAGUGACAGAGGAUCAGUCCGAGAAGAGAGGAGGCAGCAGCGGCCACGUUCCACCGUAUCAGCUCCAUAUGCAACUCGAGUUCACCAUAAGAAACAAGAGUCAGGAAACACACAGCGACGCUUCCCUAUGGAAAACAUGUUACCGACGAAGAGCCGGGCGUUUACCCAGAGAGCGUAGCGUUAUGGACCGGGUACAGCAGUGACUUAGCCCGCUAGCUAGCCGAGUAACGCUAGCUGGAUACCACCGCGUCCCAAGAGGAAACCAGCGAUGACUGACAGCGACUCGUGCGGAUACACGCGUGUUAAUGUGAGAGCUGCCGCACCCAGGUUCGUCUCUGAGAAGGUCCAGUCCUCCCGCAGGCGGCCAUGGACAACGUGAAGACACGCAGUUUUAGCAAUGAUGAGGAUGAAGAGGUGAUCUCCACAGACACCGAGAGCAAAGAGAAGAGCAAAGAUAAAAAGACACUGUGCAAAGUGAAGUGGUCCCGAGAUGAGGAUGAAAAGCUGAAAAAACUGGUCGAGCAACAUGGAGCUGAGUCCUGGAAAUUAAUAGCCAACUUUUUUCAAGGGAGGACAGAUGGCCAGUGUCAGCACCGCUGGCAGAAGGUGCUCAACCCAGAGCUGGUGAAAGGACCCUGGACAAAAGAGGAGGAUCAAAAGGUUGUUGACCUGGUACACAAAUAUGGCCCCAAGCGUUGGUCAGUGAUCGCAAAGCACCUCCAGGGGAGGAUUGGAAAGCAGUGUCGUGAACGGUGGCACAAUCACCUCAACCCAGAGGUGAAGAAGUCUUCAUGGACUCAGGAAGAGGAUCGAAUCAUUUAUGAAGCCCAUAAACGUCUUGGCAACCGCUGGGCAGAGAUCUCCAAGCUUCUUCCUGGACGGACGGACAACUCCAUCAAGAACCACUGGAACUCCACCAUGAGGAGGAAGGUGGAGCACGAGGGUUACCUGCAAGAUAAUAGCAAGACUCUGUCCUCCUCUCACAAUGGAGGGAAGAGACGCCACCACAGGCUGUGUCCCCCAACUCCAGCAGAGCCUCAGAGCUGUGAUCACAGUCCCCUGUCGAUACCAGGACCCAACCAGAUGGGGGGUUAUACGUGUGAUCCUCACAGUGGACACAUGAUGGAUAGUCUUCCUGAAAAUUCAGGCUUCAUUCAGAGCUUGGAGCAGUACUCCAUCUGGUCAGACAGUUUGUCCGACGACACGUUGACCACAAGUGGCAGCAGCUUGGAGGAGCAGGCAGAGAGAAAAUCCUGGAGGGACACUGACAUUCCCCAGGCUCCUACAGCACAGCUUCCAAUCCCUCCUAGUAAGUUCCUGGCAUUGGAGGCCAGCACCGUGCUCUCCACCCUGCAGACCAUACCGGAGUUUGCAGAAACCAUGGAGCUCAUUGACUCCAUGUGUUUUGCUCUGCAGGACCCGGGUGCGUGGGGUGACGUGGCCAGUUUUGACCUUUCAGACACAACAACACCGCCCAGGCAUAAUCUGGCAGGCUACACCACCCUCCUGCAAGAGAGGACCAUGGAUAAUUCAAUGGAUUACACUCUCAACACUCCCACUGCGGUAUCAGGCCGAGACAAGAACUGUGCUUCCUUUGGUCUUGGGAGUGUCACUUCUCUGACUCCCAUCAACUUGUCCAAACCUUCCCAAGCAUCCACAGCCCGGAGGAGGAGGAGAGAGAGGGGAGAACCAUCUCCUUUAGGCGACAGGACCUGCUUGUCUUUCUUGGAAAAUAACUCAAAUUCUCCAAAGAAAACACCAACGAAGUCACAGCCAUUCACCCCAUCACGAUUCUGCAACAUAUCAGGGGCGGAACAUCUGAGUCUGGAUAACCCUGCCCUCACCUCAACUCCUGUGUGCGGCCAAAGGUGUCUCCUGUACACGCCGCUCCACAAAGAAACCACACCGAAGCACCAGAAGGAGAAUGAUGGUUCACGGACACCCAAAUUCUGUAAAACCAUAAUGAUUCCAACUCCAAGGACACCGACUCCUUUCAAAAAUGCUUUGGCUGCUCAAGAGAAAAUGCACGGGCCCCUAAAGAUGGAGCCGCAGCCAUUAGCAUUUCUGGAAGAGGACAUUCGAGAAGUUCUGAAGCAAGAGACCGGAGCAGACAUCUUUAACAGAGCAGACCACCAGCCAGACUACAGAGCAUGGAAACAUAAUAUCGAUGGCCCAGCUAGAAAAGUGCGUAAGUCCCUUGUGCUGGACCCUUGGGGUAAAGACUGCCUCAACACCCAACUCUUCCAGGAGCAGCGCAACAACACAGAAAAGCCGGAGGAAAGUCUUCUGACGAGCUCCUCGCUGGUCGCCUCGACCCCUGAGCAAGAGGAGUGCAGUCACCCUUUGACUUCUGCACGAGAGGAGCCGUCACUCGUUCCUGUGCAUCCCCAUCGCUUUACGAGCCUGCGGGUGAAGAAGCUCUCCGCCUCCCACAAAGCACCAAAACACACAACUGCUCAGGUGAGUGAGUGGGAAGCAGUGGUUUAUGGGAAGACAGAGGACCAGCUGAUUAUGACGGAACAGGCGCGUCAGUACCUGAACCCUUACCCGUCCUCUGGCUCUACCUCAAGGGCCCUUGUGCUUUAAAGCCGUCCCCUCACUGCGCGGGCAACACUACCACACCCAUCCCAGCAUCGAAAACCUCCACUGAAUCCUGUAAGAGACAAUCCAGUGAAGACAAAUGAUUUUUGUUUUUUAUAUUGAUACAGAAAUGCACUGCCAACGACGUCCACACAAAGGCAUGGCUGCCUACUAACACACAUUACUACGUCACUGCCCGAGUAGUUUGUUGUUUACAGCUUGGACUUGUGCGCUCUUUUGAAAACACAACCUGGCUACAUGAGCAGUUUUGUACAGAUAUGAAAAAAGACUAGAUUUUUUCCUGCACUAGUUAGAAAUGUUGACACAACCUGCACAUACAGUAGGCUGUAGAAAUAGUGUUUAUUACUAGCAGUGGCUGCUUCUGAGUUUUAUAUUGUUAAUAUAUUGUUUAAAUAACCAGCAAGACAUUUUAUGACGUGUUGCUACUCAUUGUGUAUCAACUUGUUUUGCUAAGAUGCCUCGUACAUGCAACAUCUGUAGCUUUUUAUUGACGCCCAUGUAUCUUUAAAAUCCCACCGGGGGUUUUGAGCAUAGACACUUACAGUACAGAAUAUAAUAUUAAGCAUCGCAAGCAUUUUAAACUAGAAUGGCGAUCAGUAGAGCGCAUCAACCGUGUCCCUUAUGAAACCACAUUUUAUUUCAUUAGAUCCAGAUUUUUAUUUGGUUCUGCACCAAAUGGCACACACUCAUAAAUAUCAGACUCUGAGUAAUCAUGGAAAAUGUUGAAAAACGCCAAAAUUUCACCAACAUUUUAUGAGUUCUUCACUGACUUUUACCGCAUCCCUCCGCCAAGUUUUGUGGUAAUUAGUUUAAUAGUUUUCGCAUAAUCUUGCAUACAAACAGACAAAGUGGACGGGUGUGAAGACACAUGGCAUUCGAAGGGACAGCAGUGUUAUUGCUGAAUCACGGUGAUGUGAAGUUGGUGGGGAUGGAAAUAGAAAAGCUGUCAGUAUUGCACUACUGAGUCGAUUUUGCUGCUGAGAAAGGAGCAGUGUUUUUAAGGGCUAACUGGAUAGCACUUGUGAUGGUAUCUUCUUCCUCUUUUCUCUUUAAACAACACAUUUCCUUUCCAAGGCCAUAGUGUCCGUUGAGACAUCGGUUGAAUGUAUUUCAUUACAAUGUACAUGUGUAAGAACCUCAAGAAGGGAAGGGUACAUUUUAUGUUUAUUUCUGUUUGUUUUAUUUAUUAUCUGCUUAGAUAUUAAUAUAAAUCGGAUACCAUGAGUUUAAAAAUAAAAGAAGUUUAACUUUGCUGACAAAACAGCCUCAAAAAUAGAAGAAAAACCCCUCAAAUGCUCUAAAAGCUGUUCUGAAGAAUAAUAACCUUUGGUCACUGACUAGUUUUCAUAUCUUUAGUGUGCUACAGGCAUUGGGUGGAGAAGGAUCUACUUUCUUUGUGGAGGCUGUAGUUUUUAUUUAUUUAAUGUUUACUAAUUUAUUUAUUUCUUUAAAACAAAUCAUUUAAGAGAAAUUAUUGAAGAGUUUUAUUGUCUUUUAAAAAAUAAUCAGGAUUGGGCUACCGUUCGGUUCCAUUACUCCAAGUUAGACAAACGUGCACUGCCACUAAUUUAAGUUGAAUUUCUUUUAUUUUCCUGGAUAGGCAAGAUCUAGCAAAUAAUAAUAAUCCGUGUCUAUUUGACUCUUGUAACAUAUAAAGAGAUCAUAUUCCUUCAAGUUACUCAAACGUGCUCUUUGCUAUAAGGUAGCAGGACUCCAUCUCUGAUCUCUAAUCAUAGACAAAUUGCACUUUUUACUCAUUUAAUUUGA